GAUCAAAAUUUGGCACAAAUUACAAAGAGGACCAAUAAAUCAGGACUAGCAACUUUUUAGCUAAAAGUCAAUCCCAUUAAUUCUCCAAACUAAUAUCGUGGAACUUGAGACGGCAGCCUGUAACUGCGAUGGAGAAGAGGGUUCCCCACAGAAUCUGAUGGCGACUUGGGGAGCCUACCACCACAUGCGUGUUCAUACGAUCGAUACUACGACCAUAAAAAAUGGUUUGACCCUUUGAAGAUUUUGACCCCGUUGCUCCCAUGCCGACCACAAAUAUCACCACACGGCUGUAUUAGUACUGCUGCUCACAGCUCACAAGGUCAAACUCAAAGCCGAUUCGAUCCUUCCGCAUGCAGGGUCAACUCGUUUUGUGGGUUGACCUCUCACUCGUAUAUAAGCGCGUGGUACGUGGUACGUUCACUUGGAAGCUCGGCCGUGCGUUGAGAAAGAGGCGAGGUCAGAGGCUCGGAAGGUGGUCAGCCAGCCAUGAGCAGCGCGGAGGCGUCGGCGGCGAGGGGCGGCGAGGAGGAGCGGUGCCGGUACAAGGGCGUGCGGCGGCGGCGGUGGGGGAAGUGGGUGUCGGAGAUCCGGGUGCCCGGCACGCGGGAGCGCCUGUGGCUGGGCUCCUACGCCACGCCCGAGGCCGCCGCCGUCGCGCACGACACGGCCGUCUACUUCCUCCGCGGCGGCUCCCUCUCCGGCAACGGCGCCGCUGGGCUCAACUUCCCGGAGCGUGCGGCCGCCGCGUACGGUGCCGGCUCCGUGGCGCCCCUCUCGCCGCGGUCCGUGCAGAGCGUGGCGUCCGACGCGGGCAUGGCCGCCGACGCGCAGCUCGUGGCGGCGCGGGACGGCGUGCCCAGGCAGCACUACGCGGAGGCGCGCGCCGGCGCUGGCACCGCGCAGGGCGGCGCGAACGCGGAGCUCCAGCACGACGGCGCGUAUGCGUACACGUAUACGGGGGACGGCGGGGACACCACUGGCGGUGGCGGUGGUACCAGUAGGGAGCAGCUUGUCUCCGGGGAGCUCAGCGUCGACGACAUGGAGAUAUUGAUGUAAAAUUGAGCAUACACGAACACCGGUAGUACUACGUAGAAUUAGCUGAUGCAAUAAAGAUCGAACACAGGUCGCAGUUGGCAAGGUUGAACCGUUUGAAAUUCGGAAACAGUUCCGCGCACACGUCCGAUAUGAAAUGAUUACUACCUGUUGACAUUUGAAA